GGAUGAUUGUACAAUAACAUCAAAAGCACAUGGAGACAACAAGUGGAUCACCCGUUUCCAUCCUAAGAAGAUUUUGGCUCGUCGGGAUAUUGGAAAGAGGAUGAAGGAGGUUGCUAAAAAGAUUGAUGUUAUUGCUGAAGAAAGGAUCAAGUUUGGAUUGCAAGCGGUAGUCAUGGAGGAUCGCCAACGAGGAGAUGAUGAAUGGCGCCAAACUACUUCAGUCGUCACUGAACCGAAAGUAUAUGGAAGAGAUCGUGACAGAGAGCAAGUUUUUGAGUUUCUUCUAAGUCAUGCUGUCGAUAGUGAAGAACUCUCUGUCUAUUCCAUUGUUGGUGUUGGUGGGCAAGGAAAAACAACACUUGCUCAAGUGGUCUUCAAUGAUGAAAGGGUAGAUACACACUUUAACUUGAAAAUAUGGGUGUGUGUUUCUGAGGAUUUUAGUAUGAUGAAAGUUUUGCAGUCCAUCAUAGAAUCCGCCGUUGGAAAAAGUCCAGAUCUCUCGUCUUUAGAAUCAAUGCAAAAGGAAGUUCAAAAAAUUUUGCAAAACAAAAGGUAUCUACUUGUUCUUGAUGAUGUGUGGAUUGAAGACCAAGAGAAAUGGAAUCAGUUCAAGUAUUUUCUGCAACGUGGAAAUGGCACGAAAGGUGCAUCAAUUUUGGUCACAACCAGACUUGACAUUGUUGCAUCAAUCAUGGGAACUUAUCCUGCUCAUCAUUUGUUAGGCUUAUCUGAUGAUGCAAUCUGGUAUUUGUUUAAACAAAAAGCUUUUGAAACAAAUAGAGAAGAGCGGGCAGAGCUUGUGGCAAUAGGCAAGGAGUUAGUGAGAAAAUGUGUGGGUUCGCCUCUUGCCGCAAAAGUACUAGGAAGCCUUUUGCGCUUUAAAACUGAGGAACAUCAAUGGCUUUCUGUAAAGGAAAGUAAGUUUUGGAGCUUAUCCGAGGACAAUCCUAUCAUGUCUGUAUUGAGACUCAGCUACUUUAAUUUGAAAUUAUCACUGAGGCUGUGUUUUACUUUUUGUGCGGUUUUUCCUAAGGAUUUUGAAAUGGUGAAGGAAGAACUGAUCCAUCUUUGGUUGGCUAAUGGAUUCAUCUCUUCCGUUGGAAAUUUAGAGGUGGAGCAUGUUGGUCAAGAAGUGUGGAAUGAAUUAUAUGCGAGAUCAUUUUUUCAAGAAGUCAAAACUGAUAAAAAGGGUGAGGUUACAUUCAAAAUGCAUGAUUUAAUUCAUGAUUUAGCUCAGUCCAUUACAGGAGAAGAAUGUAUGGCUUUUGAUGAUAAAAGCUUGACUAAUUUGACUGGUAGAGUUCACCAUAUAAGUUGUUCCUUUAUUAAUUUGUAUAAACCAUUCAACUACAACACCAUCCCUUUUAAGAAAGCUGAAUCUUUGCGAACUUUUCUUGAGUUUGAUGUGCGCUUUCUUAAUUCAACUUUGCCAUCAAUACCUUCUCUUAGAGCAUUGUGUACAUGUUCUUCGCAACCUUCAACACUAAAGAGUUUAACACAUCUGAGGUACUUGGAAAUUCUUAAUAGUCGGAUCAAGACCUUGCCUGAGUCUGUUUGUAGGUUGCAGAAUUUGCAAAUACUAAAACUUGUUUGUUGUCCUGAUCUUUCUAGUCUUCCCAAAAAAUUGACACAGCUUCAAGACCUCAGGCAUCUUGUGAUUAAACAUUGCAAUUCGUUAGAUUCAAUGCCUUCCAAAAUUAGUAAGUUAACUUGUCUCAAAACUUUAAGCACUUUCAUUGUGGGUUUGAAGGCGAGGUUUGGUUUAGCAGAGUUACAUGACUUACAACUAGGAGGCAAGCUACACAUCAGAGGCCUUGAGAAUGUAUCUAGUGAAUGGGAUGCUAAAGAAGCUAAUUUGAUUGGUAAAAAGGAGUUAAAUUGCUUGUACCUGUCAUGGGGUAGUCACGCUAAUUCGCAAGGUAUUGAUACUGAUGUUGAGCGAGUACUUGAAGCCCUUGAGCCUCACACUGGUCUCAAGGGUUUUGGGAUUGAGGGUUAUGUGGGAAUACAUUUUCCACAUUGGAUGAGAAAUGCAUCUAUUUUGGAAGGCUUGGUCGAUAUUACAUUCUACAACUGUAACAACUGUCAGCGGCUUCCUCCACUUGGUAAAUUACCUUGUUUAACCACUCUUUAUGUAUUUGGAAUGAGAGAUUUAAAGUACAUUGAUGAUGACAUAUAUGAAUCUACAUCUGAGAAGGCUUUCAUUUCAUUGAAGAAUUUAACUCUGCUUGGUUUACCAAACUUAGAGAGGAUGUUGAAAGCUGAAGGCGUAGAGAUGCUACCACAACUUUCCUACUUUAACAUUUCAAAUGUUCCCAAGUUGGCAUUGUCAUCCCUUCCAUCUAUUGAACUCCUUGAUGUUGGUCAAAAAAACCAUCGCUACCAUUCCAAUAAAGGUGUGGAUUUAUUCCCAGAGAGAAUUGUGUGUAGUAUGCAUAAUCUUAAAUUUCUUAUCAUCGUAAACUUCCAUGAACUCAAGGUAUUACCUGAUGAUCUUCACUUUCUUAGUGUCCUUAAGGAGCUUCACAUUUCAAGGUGUUAUGAACUUAAGUCUUUUUCGAUGCAUGCGUUACAAGGUUUGAUUUCUCUUCGAGUUUUGACCAUUCAUAAAUGUCAUGAAUUAAGAUCCUUGUCAGAAGGUAUGGGAGACUUGGCUAGUCUUGAGAGACUUGUAAUCGAAGAUUGUCCACAACUUGUUUUACCAAGUAAUAUGAACAAACUAACUUCCCUUCGUCAAGCGGCAAUUUCGUGCUGCAGUGGAAACAGCCGGAUAUUACAGGGCUUAGAAGUUAUCCCCUCGCUACAAAAUUUGGCUCUAUCAUUCUUUGAUUACUUGCCUGAAUCGUUGGGAGCCAUGACUUCUCUUCAAAGAGUAGAAAUCAUUUCGUGUACAAAUGUAAAGUCGCUACCAAAUAGCUUUCAAAACCUCAUAAACUUGCAUACAUUGUCUAUUGUUGAAUGUCCUAAGUUGGAGAAACGAUGCAAGAAAGGAACUGGGGAAGAUUGGCAAAAGAUAGCUCACGUUCCUGAAUUGGAGUUAAUUACAAUAUACACAUACUAUAGUAAUAUACUGAAUCCCUUGCUUAUUUCAUCUUGUUCUUUAUGUAGCACCAACACUUUUGUUUUAAGGCUUUUCCGGUGUCUCACACUUACACGACACCGACAAAUGUAGUUACAUUA